AUGUGUCCUCCUCCAGCAAAGGUUAACAUAAAGCAGGCACCGAAGAAACCUAUGAGCAGGAACCCAAGGUCAACAAAGUGUGAUCUAUCUUACUGGGAGUAUGUAGAUGCCUUUGAAUCUAUGCAAAAUAGCAAUUCUUCGGUGAGGCGUACUACAUUAUCCUCUGAGCAACCGAAUCAAAGAACGAUGAUGCCCAUGUUGGAUCAGUUUCAGCCAUUUAUGCACGACUCCAUUGAUAAGAUUGUUGAUGUCAAAGCUGAUGAUAACUGUGGAUAUCGGUCAGUUGUCGGUUUAUUAGGUAUGGAUGAAGACUCUUGGUCGGUGGUCCGCUACCAUCUUCUUAAAGAACUUGGGAAAUUCUCAGAAGACUAUACCCGGCUCUUUGGUGGCACGAAGAGAUUUGAGGAAUUAAGGAUGUCACUAGAUGUUGAUGGGUUAACCAAGGUGACUACGGAUAAGUGGAUGGAUAUAACGGACAUGGCUUCCACUCUAGUUCCCAUUCAAGUACCUAACGGUUGUGAUUUUCAAACGUUAAAAAUCAGAAUACUCCAGUUCCCAUUCAAGUACCUAACAGUUUAUGGAAGACGACUUGUUGUUCUCUGUUAA